AUGCACGGAAACGUACCAGAUGAUAUAGAUUAUAUUAAUGAUACUCCAACAGUUCAAGAGUAUAAGAAAUUAAAGAGAGUCAUGAAGAUCAUGACCAAGUUCUACGAAGGUGGUUCCGCUACCAAGUUGCAACAAGCCGAGUUCUUUGAGGCCGAGUUGAAAAAGGUUACCGACGACGAAGACAUGAUCAAAGCGCAAUUGGAAUCGCUCGCCAAAUUCCCAUUGCAUCCAAAGCGUCGUGAAUACGAGAUCGAGUUGAACGAAGAGCGUGAGAAACUCGUCGGAAUGAAGACCAAAUUCGCCGCCAAAUCCAAAGAGUACCGUGAUCUCUACGUGUGGUCCAACGGUAUCGUCGACGUCACCAAGUGGCUCGAAGCCGGUCUCGACGAUUACUGCGUCAAUCACCUCAAGAUGGAUCUCAAGAUCACCGUCGUUCCACCCGAACAACUGACCCGUGAGCAAUACACCUAUUACAAAUCCGGUUUGGACGAGAUCACCUACAACCUCCAGGAGUCACAAGACUUUUUCAGCGCAUCGCUCGACGGUCGUCUCCGUCAGUACCACAACAUCGAGAAGGAUUUGAUCGAGGCACAAAUCGAAGUGAUGUCCAAGUUCAACACAGAGUUGCCACGUCAACAACACGUCAUCUCAGAGUUGGAAGCCGAUCUCGACUACGUCAAGAAGAACAUGGUCGAAGAUCCAGCUGCCAUCAACAAGCGUAAGAAGAUGUUGGAGAUGCACUCUGACUUUUUCAAGGUUCUCCGUUGGUACAAAGAUAAGAUGAAGGUUCUCGGAGACGAGUACGGAAUCGUCGAGACCGACACACGUACCGAAGAGGAGAAACUCAAGACCGCCAUGUCAACACAAGUCGAAUUCAUGGCCAACUUGACCCCAGAAAACACCCCAGAGUUGGAAGAAUUGAAAAAGAUGAAUCUUCAUUAA